GACCAUGGGGGAGACCAAGAUCAUCUACCACCUGGACGGCCAGGAGACGCCGUACCUGGUGAAGCUGCCCCUGCCCGCCGAGCGCGUCACCCUGGCCGACUUCAAGGCCGUCCUGCAGCGGCCCACCUACAAGUUCUUCUUCAAGUCUAUGGACGACGACUUCGGGGUGGUGAAAGAAGAGAUCUCUGAUGACAACGCACGGCUCCCCUGUUUCAAUGGCCGGGUGGUGUCCUGGCUGGUGUCAGCAGAGGGCUCACACCCUGAGCCUGGCUCCUUCUGCCCUGACAAUCCUUCUGAGCUGCCGCCCCCCAUGGAACGCACGGGUGGCAUUGGGGACUCCCGGCCUCCCUCCUUCCACCCUCACACUGGUGGGGGGAGCCAGGAGAACCUGGACAAUGACACUGAGACUGAUUCCCUGGUGUCUGCGCAGCAGGAGCGGCCCCGACGGAGGGAUGGGCCAGAACAUGUGGCCCGGAUGAACGGCACAGCCAAAGGUGAGCGGAGGAGGGAGCCUGGGGGUUAUGACAGCUCCUCUACCCUCAUGAGCAGUGAGCUGGAAACCACGAGUUUCUUCGACUCUGAUGAGGAUGAUUCUACCAGCAGGUUCAGCAGCUCCACAGAGCAGAGCAGUGCGUCCCGCCUCAUGAGGAGACACAAGCGGCGUCGGCGGAAACAGAAAGUGGCCCGGAUCGAGCGGUCCUCAUCCUUCAGCAGCAUCACCGAUUCCACCAUGUCCCUCAACAUUAUCACCGUCACGCUCAACAUGGAGAAGUACAACUUCCUGGGCAUCUCCAUUGUGGGUCAGAGCAACGAACGGGGUGAUGGGGGCAUCUACAUUGGCUCCAUCAUGAAGGGUGGAGCUGUGGCUGCUGAUGGACGGAUUGAGCCAGGGGACAUGCUCCUACAGGUAAACGACAUCAAUUUUGAGAACAUGAGUAACGAUGACGCUGUCCGAGUACUUCGAGAAAUUGUGCACAAACCAGGGCCUAUCACCCUGACAGUGGCCAAGUGCUGGGACCCCAGCCCCCGAGGCUGCUUCACCCUGCCCAGGAGUGAGCCAAUCCGCCCCAUUGACCCUGCAGCCUGGGUGUCCCACACAGCAGCGAUGACAGGCACCUUCCCAGCCUAUGGCAUGAGCCCCUCCCUCAGCACCAUCACGUCUACCAGUUCCUCCAUCGCCAGCUCCAUCCCUGACACUGAGCGCCUCGAUGACUUUCACCUGUCCAUCCACAGCGACAUGGCCACCAUAGUUAAAGCUAUGGCUUCCCCUGAGUCCGGGCUGGAGGUCCGAGAUCGUAUGUGGCUCAAGAUCACCAUCCCCAACGCCUUCAUCGGUUCAGAUGUAGUGGACUGGUUGUACCACAACGUGGAGGGCUUCACGGACCGGCGCGAGGCCCGGAAGUAUGCCAGCAACCUGCUGAAAGCCGGCUUCAUCCGUCAUACGGUCAACAAAAUCACUUUCUCAGAGCAGUGCUAUUAUAUCUUCGGCGACCUCUGCGGCAACAUGGCUAACUUGUCCCUGCACGACCAGGACGGCUCCAGUGGGGCCUCAGACCAAGACACCCUGGCUCCUCUCCCACACCCCGGGGCCGCCCCAUGGCCCAUGGCCUUCCCUUACCAGUACCCACCCCCCCCACAUCCCUAUAACCCCCACCCCGGCUUCCCGGAGCCAGGGUAUAGCUACGGCGGUGGGGGCAGUGCGGGCAGCCAGCACAGUGAAGGCAGCCGGAGCAGCGGUUCCAACCGCAGCGGCAGCGACCGGCGGAAGGAAAAGGACCCGAAGGCUGGGGACUCCAAGUCGGGGGGCAGCGGAAGCGAGUCGGACCACACGAGCCGAAGCAGCCUGAGGCGGGAGCGAGCCCCCAGCGAGCGCUCGGGCCCAGCCGCCAGCGAGCACAGUGUCCGCAGCCACCACUCGCUGGCCCACAGCCUCCGCAGCCACCACACGCACCAGUCCUACGGGCCCCCGGGGGUGCCCCCGCUGUACGGCCCGCCCAUGCUGAUGAUGCCCCCUCCGCCCGCUGCCAUGGGCCCCCCCGGAGCCCCCCCGGGCCGAGACCUGGCCUCGGUGCCCCCAGAACUGACCGCCAGCAGACAGUCCUUCCGCAUGGCCAUGGGAAACCCCAGUGAGUUCUUUGUGGAUGUGAUGUGAGCGGUUCCCGUCCCUUCUCUAGCCCCUGCCCCAUCCCCCAGGCCCCAGGGCUGGUGCCGUCACCAGUCAGCUGUUUUUACUUGUCUGGUAACUAAACAAAGGGAAAUAAACUGAAGUGAACUGAA